AUGUCUCUUAGAUCUUCCAACAAGUACUACAAAGUCGGGGUCCUCCUGUUUCCUGGCGCAGACAUCCUCGAUUUUGCAGGCCCGAUCGAAGUCCUAUCCCAUGUCUCGCACAACCGAAACCCAGAAAACCCCAAAAGAAUGUUCGAAAUCACAACUGUGGCUUGCAGCCCCACGAUUCGUGCUGCAAAUUUGCUUACGGUUCAUGCAGACCUGCUUUUGCCAGACGCGGUCGAUCGAAUUUCCGACUUUCAUAUCCUAGUCAUCCCAGGUGGUCCCCCGUCAGUUUUGCAGCCAUUGCUAGAAAACAGCACACCAGAGCUUGAUUUGAUUCGCAAGUUUGUAGCGCUACCUGUUGCUUUGUUAUCAGGCACCAGGAUUUUGCUGUCGAUUUGCACGGGCGCCUUUCUGCUCGGGGCUGCGGGUAUACUCGGCGGAAUGACUGUUACAACCCACCAUCAUGCUCUUGACAGACUUCGAGAUAUUUGUGCCCAGUUCAAUGCUCCGGGGGAUCAUACUACUACUGUGCUGUACAGGCGAUACAUUGAUGGGGGUCUGUUGAAUGAGACGGUGUUCGACUCAUCACGGCCAGAGGGGUCGGCUCAGGCUUAG